GUGGACCUGUUUGACAUAAUGAAACUGCAGGAAAGGAAUAACUGAGGACACUUUACUAACAUAACUAGACUGACGGACACAAGCUGAAACUCAGAACUAUCAUUUUUUAAUACUUUUUUCCACUUUGUGCAUUUGAAAUUUUAUAUUUUCGGUGUCUUCCUUCUGUGGAUUAUUUGAUGUAUCAGUGACUGGGCUGGCCUGGCCCGUCUGGGUUUUUGUGCGCGGCUGUGACUGAAUUUAACGGAGGAAGACUACGACAUUGUUAAGAUGAAUCUGACGCAGCGAAUUAAACUGAUGAAGCACUUUGGUUCUCUGCCCCCGGAGCCCAAACCACCUCUUCUGGUGGUUCCUAAACCAGGCAUGGAGGAGUUAACGAUAUGGGAGCAACAUACAAUAACACUGACCAAAGAUCCCAAAUUCGGGUUUGGAUUUGCCCUAUCGGGAGGAAAGGACAAGCCUCACCCAGACACUGGGGAUACAGUUGUGGUGGUGUCCGAUGUGUUGCCAAAUGGACCAGCCAUGGGACGACUCUUCACCAAAGAUCACAUCGUAAUGGUAAAUGGAACGUCCAUGGAAAAUGUCCACUCUAACUUCACCAUUCAUGUCCUGAAAAAUUGUGGCAAGACUGCAAAUGUAACAGUGAAGCGCCCUCGCAAGAUCCAGAUCCCAGCCACCACCACCACCAGGCCGACUCGAGCCGCCUCCCACUCCAACCUGCUGGACUAUGACCCACCAAGACGCACACGGCGCUACUCUGACGGCAGCGACAACCGAACCACAAAUCACUACAGAGCGCGCAGCACUUCGCCAGAUCGUAACGGCCACGGAAACACGCUGCCAUUGAUGUCGACAGCCUACAAGAGGCUGCCACAGCAAGACAUUAUAGACAAACCCAUCAGAACUACAUUGACUAAAAAGAAGAUUACAGAUGAGUAUGGAUUGAAGCUGGGCAGUCAGAUCUUUAUCAAGCACAUGACAGAAACAGGCCUAGCAGCAAAAGAAGGCACACUGCAGGAGGGAGAUCUCAUUCUCAAGAUCAAUGGCAUGACAACAGAAAAUCUAUCCCUGCUGGAGACCAAGCACCUGGUGGAGAAGAGCAGAGGUAAACUGACCAUGACUGUCCUCAGGGACGAUCGCAAGUUCCUGGUCAGCAUCCCAGAGGUGGAGGACAGCGCUCCCAACAGUGAAGACGACUGCCGCCGCCGCGACAGCAGCUCUGAGCUCGAGGAUAUUUCAGACCUUGACGCAGAUAUGGCGGUUCACAGAACAUCCCGUCAACCCCACAGAGAGAAACGGACACGCAGACGAGCUGACCCUCCUCCUCCAGCCAAGUCUAGGGAUUCAUCACCUGUGCGCUCCACCUUGCCUCGGCCUCCUGUCACAUCCUACGCCUCUCGCAGAGCUCCAUCUGAUUCAGAGUCUGAUCCCAGUGCCUCUCCCCCUCCUCCCAUCAGGAGAGAGAGAGAGACUUUGGACAGGAGGGAACCACCCAGUAAAUACAAAUCUCUCUCUGGUAUGUCCACCCUCCCCACCAACCUGCGCGCCUCUCCUGUAAUGCCUAACUGGAAGACCUCUCGCCCUUCCUCCUCUGCCUCACGGCCCCGCAGGCCGGUGUCGGACUCGGACUCUGAGCGCAGCGCUUCCCCUCCUCCAGCCAGAGAGAGCCCACACUCAGACAGCAGAUAUAGAGUUCUUCCUGAUCUGCGCCCCCAAAGCCUGAGAACUUCCCCCAUCCCUGUUCGCCAGGAACUACCAAGAAGGGUCAACUCGCCCUUGAGAACCCCGCCCCCAGACUCUGAGUCCGAGUCAGAAGAAAGCAUGGUGCCUCCUCAGAGGCAAAGCACCUCAUACAGUCAAGACUCCCUCAGCAGAUACAGAGUCCUGCCAGAUGUUUCUGUGGAGCCGCCGCGGUGGAGCGCUGCCAGUGUCCCUGCCAGCAGUCCGCCGAGGAAAGCUCCUUCAGAAUCUGACUCUGAGCCCAGUUACACAUCAGUCACUCACAGGGCGUCUACAGACAGUGAAACCACCAACACAGUCAACAACAGAUACAGAGUCCUUCCUGAGACAACUUACACUGCAGUCGCUGUGAAGCAGGAGCCUCCUCGUCGUGUCUCGUCAUCCAGCAGACCCCCUCCUGAAGACUCCUCAGUGUCGGACGAGCUCUCACAUCUCAGGAGGUCUGGGAGCUCUGAGCGAGACGAGAGCCACCGCAGAGUCCCUCGUCCUGCUAAUGGAAGCACCAACGUCAAGUCUGGGAUUUCAGUGAAGAGCAACCCGCCUCAAUACUCAAAGCUCGCCACAGAAGAGCCCAUUUACUCCUUACCUCCAGAUUCUUACCCAGCACCUAAUCCAGGGUACAGCUCGGACGUGCGCACAGUGACGUUUGUGAAGGAGGGCAGCGUGGGCCUCAGGCUGGUGGGGGGCAACGAUGUCGGCAUCUUCGUGGGUGGAGUUCAACCGAACAGCUCCGCGUAUAACCAGGGAAUGAGAGAGGGAGACCAGAUUAUGCAUGUAAAUAAAGUCGAUUUUGGCCACUUCACACGUGAAGAGGCGGCCAACCUCCUUCUCAACAUCAAAAAUAGAGAAAGAGUGGAAAUUUGCACUCAGAACAAGAUGGACAUUUAUAAGAAGAUCAUGAAGUCCAACCUGGCAGACAACUUCUACGUCCGUACCCACUUUGACCACGAAGCAGACAGCCCCAUUGGGCUGAGCUUCACGCGAGGAGAGGUGUUCAGGGUGGUGGACACUAUGCACCGCGGCAAGCUUGGCAACUGGUUGGCCAUCCGCAUGGGGAACAACCUGCACGAGAUGGAUAAAGGCACCAUCCCCAACCAGGCCAGAGCUGAGACGCUGGCCAGCAUUGAGCAGGCACAGCGGGUGAGUGGAGAACGGCAGGUGACGGGACCAAGAGCCGAGUUCUGGAAACUAAGGGGCCUCAGAGGGAACAAAAAGAAUGAAAAGACAGUCCGUCGCAGUCGAGACGACCUGCUGCAGCUCACCAUUCAGGGCAAAUUCCCAGCCUAUGAGAGAGUCCUGCUCAGAGAAGCUAAUUUCAAACGGCCAAUCGUCAUCCUGGGUCCUCUUAAUGAUAUUGCCAUGGAGAAGCUGGCCAGAGAGAUGUCUGAUGAAUACGAGGUGGCAGAAAUGGUUCCUCGCAGUGGAGGAGGAGACUCCACGGUUAUUAAACUGGAUACUGUGAGGAGAAUCGCAGAGAAGGACAAACACCCUCUUCUGGACAUCACCCCCACUGCAGUCGAGAGACUCAACUACAUCCAGUACCACCCAAUGGUUCUGUUCUUAGACCCUCACAACCGCAAAGACGUCAAGGCCAUGAGGCAGAAAUACAACCCCAACUCCAACAAGAGCUCCAGACGUCUUUACACACAGGCGCUCAAGCUGAGGAAACACUACAGUCACCUGUUCUCAGCACGUAUUGACCUUCAACCCAAUUCCCACAUUUGGUACGAGAGCCUGAAGGAUAAGAUCCGCCAUCAGCAGUCCAAACCUGUCUGGGUGUCAGAAGUCACGCUGGAGAGCGGUGGAGAGCAGGACCUGGACGCUCUGGACCAAACCCAGUCCGACUACCUCAGUGCUGCUAGUGACCUGGAAGACACUGAUGGAGAGGCCUUCACAGACGAUGCCUACACCGACAACGAGGAGCUGGAGGAGGCGUAUCCCGGUCAGGAGGCAGCCAGGACCUCGCGAGGGCCAAGGGUGGCUGGAUCCGCGUUAGCCCGAUCGUCCGAGCCGUUCCUGGAUCGCCAUAGCCCCAGCUCGGACCCCGAGCCUGAAGCCGACAGGUACUCGGUUAGAGAAGUCCCACCUCUGCUGCAUGUACCUGAGCCCAGGUCCAGCCGCAGAAACACUUACAGUCCACCUCAGAGCGGUGCAGAGGAGGAGGAGGAACCCUCGCAUCGCAGCUUCACCGACUCUGACUUCAGUGCACUUGAAGCAAUUUCACCCAACGCUCCAUCAGAGGGACCUCCAGAUUUUGUAGCACCCGACCCCACGACUCGCUAUUCUGUGAAUGAGCCUUCGUAUGCAGAGCCUGAGAGUCCACAACAGGCCAGUCUGUCUGUCAUCGAAGAGAAACUACAGCAGGCUCGUUCAGUGGAACCACAGGCAGAACCCGAGAGGAAAGGACCUCAGUUCAUCGUGCUUGCACAUCAUCACCAAGCCGUCCAGUUCAGGCGCACACAGAUCCGAGGAAGCGACAGCUCUGACGACGACAACGAUGACGACGAAGCGGACGACAUCGAGUGGGGUCCUGCGACAGAACUUUAGGAUUAAAUCUGAAGUCUGGUGAUUUUCAACAAGACAUAAGGACAAUUUCACACCUCCAAGAAUCCUUGGAUUACUUUUUCUUUGCAAAAGCCAAAGCAAUUUUAUUUAUACAGCAUCAUUCAGACAUAAGACAUCUCAAGGUGUUUUACACAGGCACAAGAUUACAUUUUACUCUGGUUCUUGUUGUGUUCAGGUUCACUGCAAAAUUUACUCUUAAGUUUCAACAACUGAAAAGGUUACCAGAUAUAUGUUGAGAUCAAACUAACUGAUUUAUCUUCAGAUUAUUAUUUUUUUGAAAUAAUCUGAAAUCAGUGGGGCAUUUGUAGUUGCUAUUGUAUGUAUGCAUUUCUAGCAUAUUCUAGUUGUUACUUCUUAUUAUGGAAAUAUAUCAGGACAGUUAAGAUAAUGUUGAAAUGCCUCUUUAACUUUUUUUUCUACAUUAAAGUGUUUUUGUAAUUUCAAAUGUGUUUUGUUUUUUUAUUAUUGCCCAUAACAGUUCAAGCCUAUAUAUGAUUUUAUUUUUUAAAUCAGGUUUCACAUGAGUAAAAUUAAUCCUGAUUACAACAAGUCGCUCAAAUAACAUGUGAAAAUGUUUUGUUUUGAUAUGAAUUGAGUCUGAUUGUUGAAUGGAAAUGUUGUGUGUACAUGUAUGUGAAAUAAAUUCUAGUGAGCCUCUGAGGCUAAAGUAACAACUGGACAACAUCAGCAAUAUCCUGAUGGAUUAUUAUUUUUUAAAGACAAAUAAAUUAAAAACAAUGUAAACUGAUAUGUAAAACAUGUUUACACAGUUAUUGAUUGUACAGGAUCCUUGUGUCAAAAUCUAGAUUUGAUAACUUCAAUAAAUCAGUUUAUGUUCA